AUGAAGCUAAACGUGAGGUUAACUCACCAUGCACGUCGCCUGUACGGUGGCCCUAAACCGCCAGGUUGGACUUUCGACCGAAGUCCUCAAAAUGAGUCCCACCUGCCACCGAAUGUCGAUUUCAAGCCUAAGUUUUGGACGGAGGUGAAACAUAUUGACAUAGAGUCUUUAAAAAAUAUUUGGGCAUGGGAGGCAGGUGGCUUUGCACAGGGGAACAUG